AUGGCGGGAGUCUGGGAGCGGCCACGCGAUACGGCUGUGUGUUUGAGAAGAGGCUCUGCCCCCCGGGACCAGCUCUGCUCUGAUGACGGUCUGUUCGGUCAGUGCAGCAGACCGCCCCAGGAGCCGGUCCGGUACCAGGUCUCCGUCCCGGUCCUCAGACGCCUGCAGGGGGUCCUCAAAGAACUUCUGGUCCAAGGUCUCACCUGGCAGGACUCCCUCACCCAGCAGAUCAUCAGAGAGGAGCUGGAGAAGGUUCCUCAGAUCAGACCUUCAUCUCAGAGCCCGGAGCUUCCACCGUCUAAGGGGCAUGAGGUGGACCCCCUGGUGAGGCAGUACCUGGACCACAUGGGGCUGGACCCCCCUCGGACCCCCCUCCACCUCCAGACCCCCCCGCUGGAUCCCUACUCUUACAGACAGUACCGUCUCCCCGCUGAGGAGGAGCGUUCUCUCAACACCCUGGACGAAAGCAGCAGAGUCUUCCUCCCAUCCUCCUCCUCCUCUUCAUCCUCCUCCUCUUCCUCUCCUGGGGGUGUCGACCAGGACCGCCAACUCCUCCAAGACCUCCUCUCCCUCUUCCUCUCCUCCUCCUCCCCCUCCCUCCCCCCUGGCUCCUCCCUCCUGCAGGAGCUGGGCUUCCCCCUCGACUAUGGCCAGGACUACGUUACCCAACAUGCAGCAGCCAGACGCCCCAAUCAGAAGCAGGCAGAGGAGCAGCGGGGGGGCGGGGCCCCGAGGAAGGACUACGACUCCAUGGCGGGGAUGAUGGAUGACCGCUCCAUGAAGAACCUGGCUCUCCUCAUGGAGCACUACGGGGCCAGCAUGAAGGACUUCCAGAGCCAGGAGACAGAGCCCUCUUCCUCCUCCUCCUCCUCCUCCUCCUCUCAGCAUCUUCCUAAAGGUCCAGCUCUGAACGCCACGGCCCCUAAAAAGAUGACUACCUCUGCCUCCCUUCAGAUGGGGGAGAGCUCCAUGUCCCACAUUCCCCGGGAUAAGACCCCCAACAAGGACUUAGUGCCCGGCUCCGCCCCCUCGCGGCCCGCCCACUCUGAGACCCAGGCGGACAUGCCCCCCGGUGGCUCGGCCAAUCAGGAGAGAGAGGGAGACAAGAAGGCCAAAACCGCAGAGACGUACGGCUACAUCGUGACCAAUCAGAGCCUCAGGCUUCAGGACGGGGUUCUCUUGCUGGGCCGUCUAGCGGAGAGGAUUGACCUCUCCCCCGGCGCCCUCGUCAACAUCAGUGUGGUCGGACCAGCGAUGACCUUCAGAGUCCGGCCCAACGCCCAGAACCUCAGCGCUGAAGACGUCUCCGGGAAAGCAGUCGCUGAGAAGAGCUUCCUGGAGUCGGGCACCGGGCUGGAGAUCCUACAGGCCGGCGUCGGAGAGAAGCAGGAGGGUCCGGCUCCCCUCCAGGCCCAGCGGCUCCCGCCCGGAGGGUCCCGCUGGGGGUUUGGGAUCCUGGUGGUCACCAGCUGCGUGGGGGCGGUCCUCGCGGCUGCCAUGACGAUCACCUGUCUGAGACGCCACGCCCACCGGCUCGCCGCCAGGAAGCUGGGGCUCGGACCGGAGGGGGGGUCCUUCACCCACCAGGAGUACCAGGACCUGUGCCGGCAGCACAUGGCCUCCAGGGGGGCCUUCGGGCGCCUGGAGGCGGCGGCUCUGGGGGCGGCGGCGGGCCCCGGGGGCGGCGGUGCCGGGCGGGGCCCCGGGGUCGGGGGAGGGGCCACGGCGGGGGUCGGGGGCGGGGCCGAUGGGUCGCGGGUCAGCAGCGUGUCGUCCCAGUUCAGCGAGGGGGCGGCGCCCAGCCCGGGCUCCCACAGCUCCACCCCCUCCUGGUGCGAGGAGCCGGCGCAGGCCAACAUGGACAUCUCUACUGGUCACAUGGUCCUGGCCUACAUGGAGGACCACCUGAGGAACAAGGACCGCCUCCUGCAGGAGUGGGAGGCACUCUGCUCCUACCAGGCGGAGCCUAGUGCCGUCAGCUCCGCCCACAGCCCCGCCCAUCUCAAGAAGAACCGCAGCCCUGACUUUGUGCCCUAUGACCACUCCAGGGUGAAGCUCCGGGCUGAGGUCAACCCCUCCCGGGACGACUACAUCAAUGCCAGCACCAUAAUCGAGCACGACCCCCGGAUGCCGGCCUACAUUGCGACGCAGGGGCCACUGUCUCACACCAUCUCUGACUUCUGGCAGAUGGUGUGGGAGAACGGCUGUACAGUCAUCGUGAUGUUGACUGCUCUGGUGGAGGACGGAGAGAAGCAGUGUGACCGCUACUGGCCCGACGAAGGCUCGUCCCUCUACCACAUCUACGAGGUGAACCUCGUGUCGGAGCACAUCUGGUGUAACGACUUCCUGGUACGGAGCUUCUACCUGAAGAACGUCCAGACGCAGGAGACCCGGACCCUGACCCAGUUCCACUUCCUGAGCUGGCCCACCGCCGGGAUCCCCAGUGCCACGCGGCCCCUGCUGGACUUCAGGAGGAAGGUGAAUAAAUGCUACAGAGGAAGAUCCUGUCCCAUCAUCGUCCACUGCAGCGACGGGACUGGACGUUCUGGGACAUACAUCCUGAUUGACAUGGUCCUGAACCGCAUGGCCAAAGGCGGUAAGGAGAUCGACAUUGCGGCGACUCUGGAGCACGUCAGAGACCAGAGGCCGGGGAUGGUGAGGACCAAGGACCAGUUUGAGUUUGCGCUGACGGCUGUGGCGGAGGAGGUCAACGCCAUCCUGAAGGCCCUCCCCCAGUGAGUCCUGGAGCCCCGCCCCCUCACGCCUGCUCCGCCCUCGACACCGCCCCCAUGACCCCGCCCCCUGACCCCGCCCGCCCUUGUGGGCGUCACCCACACAUCCGGACCCCCAGCGACAGCCCCCCCCUGGUGUCGUCCUGUACGAUGGUUAUGUCCAAGAUGAUGUUGUUGUGUUUGACAUCUUGUUUCUCUCUCUCUGUCUCUAUGUGUCUCUCUGUCUCUCUGUGUCUCUCUGUCUCUCUGUGUCUCUCUCUCUCUCUGUGUCUCUCUCUCUCUCUCU